AUGGAAUCAGUUAAUAUUACACAAAAUAACUCUCAGGAGUUUGAUUUUGAGAAGAGUCUCGAUGUCGGCAACUGGUUCUUAAUGGGGUCUCCUGUACCCCUCCUGACCAUAAUGAUCGCUUACUGGUUGUUUGUACUGAAAGUUGGACGUUUAUGGAUGAAUAAAAGAACACCGUUUACGUUAACCAAUGUAUUAGCGGUUUAUAACGUUGCGCAAAUAUUUAUUUCUUUAUAUAUACUGUGUAUUGGCAGUGAUUUCUUAUGGCAUAAUGGUCUGAUUCAAACCGGAUGUGGAAUAGAGAAAGCGGAUGUAAAAUUAUCUGCGACCGCCGGCACUUACACGUACUUCCUGGCGAAAAUCACGGAAUUGUUCGACACGAUUUUCUUCAUACUAAGAAAGAAGUAUAACCAAGCGAGUUUUCUUCACAUCUACCACCACUCCAUCACUGUUAUGAGUACGUGGGUCAUUUUAAAGUAUGAGCCAAAUAUGAUAGCUACUAUAUUCUUGGGGACCUUGAACUCCUUUGUCCAUGUCAUUAUGUAUACGUAUUAUGCGUUAUCGGCGUAUCCACAACUCGCGAAGCAUCUAUGGUGGAAGAAGUACAUCACAAAGUUACAACUGGUCCAAUUUAUGUUGAUUUUCGUCCAAAUUCUAGCUGAUUACAAGUACUCAAAAUGCAAACCGUCAAAUAUUUUAAUAACCGUCGUAUGCGUGAAUUUGUUGCUGUUCGUGUACUUGUUUAGUAAUUUCUACGUAAAAACGUACAAACUAAACGACAAGAAAACGAAAAAUGUCGACUAG